GCAGUAUUCUUGCAAUGCGCGGAAUACCAGCGAAGUCGUCGCGAUCGAAGGUCCUGGUCAGCUGACUUGCACGUGGUGGUGUGCCUGGCAGGAGGCCCCCUUUACGAAAACGUGGUGAUGUGAAGUGUUAAGAGCCAAAAGUGAGGUUAGACAUGGUCGAACUGGUGGAAGAAGCCGAGACCUGCCUAUCGCAGAAGGCGGUGAUAGUGCAGAACGGUGUGAAAAGACAAAAUGGGGGCGAAACGGUCCAACACCCUGCUGACGGCGGGUCCAGGGCCUGGGUGGUGAUGUUGGGAUCGUUUUUUUGCAACGGGAUAUUGUUCGGGGUCAUCAAUUCAUACGGGGUGCUGUAUAAAGAGUUCCAUGACAAUUUGCAGAGGAGGAAUGUGACGGAUCCAUCUGGGAAAGCAGCUCUGGUGGGCUCCUUCGCCAUGGGCACCACCUUCUUCGUGUCGCCCGUCGCCGGCGUGCUCACCGACCUGAUUGGCCUGCGGCGCACCACCUUCCUGGGCGGGGCAGUCGCCUCGGGCGGCAUGUUUCUCUCCUCCUUCUUCGUCGACGACGUCGCCGCCCUCUGCGUCACCUACGGCGUCAUGUACGGCCUGGGCGGGGCGUUAGCGUACACGCCCUCUCUCGCCGUGCUAGGGCACUACUUCAAGCGGUACCUGGGCAAGGUCAACGGGUUCGUCACGGCGGGCAGCUCGGUGUUUACGAUUGGGAUGCCGUACGUCAUCGAUGGGUUCUUGAAACGGUUCGGGGUAGUCUGGACCCUGAGAAUUCUAGCUCUGAUCUCUAGCCUCAUCAUGGUAUGCGCGUUCCUCUUCAAACCCGUGAAACAUCACCAGCCUGCCAAGAAAGUAUCGUUCAGAGACGUGUUCAAUAUGUCGCUGAUCAGAAACAGGAGGUACAUGGUUUGGGCAGCGGGAAUAGCGUUCUCUCUGUUCGGUUAUUUCGUUCCGUACGUGUAUAUGCUGAAUUUUGUCGAGAAGAAUUUUCCAGAAGGUUCGGACACCAAACUGCCCAUACUUUGCAUCGGCAUAACAUCAGGAUUGGGAAGGCUGUUAUUUGGUUACAUAGCAGAUUUGCCCAAAGUGAACCGGAUAUACCUUCAGCAGUUGAGCUUUUUCAGCAUAGGCGUGCUCACUAUGCUGCUGCCCUUCUCUGCUGGACAUUAUGGCUGGUUGAUAGUGAUUGCACUUGGUAUGGGCCUGGUCGAUGGUUGUUUCAUUUCUCUCCUAGGGCCCAUAGCCUUCGACAUAUGCGGCAGAGAGGGCGCCACACAAGCCAUCGGCUUCCUUCUCGGACUGUGCGCCGUGCCACUCACCGUUGGCCCCUACGUGGCCGGCGUGAUCCUCGACCGCCAUCAAAGCUACACUUUGCCCCUGGUGCUCGCAGGGAUACCGCCGGCGGUCGGCUCGCUCGCCAUGUUCGCCGUCAAGCUGGUGAGGCCGCCCGAGGCCGCGCCCAUGGAGAACGGGGCGGGGCAGCCGCUGAGGGGUGGCGGGAAGGAAGGAGAGAAAGACUCCGCGCAGAAGCACGAGGAGGCAGAACUAUAAAAAAAAACUAAUCCUUCACAAAAAUUGUUUUGGAAAGUUUAGCAGAGUUGAUUUUUGCUUUUAGUUAUUCUGCUGGACGUAUAUUUAGUAGUUUUUUUUACAUUGUUGAUAAAUAAUUACAAAAGCAUUUAUUUUAUAAUAUUCAUUAUCAAGCAAACUUUACAAGUUUUUUUAUACGUGGCCCACCCUGUAUAUUUACACUAUUUCAGGAAAAGUAGUUCAAAUGACUUAAUGCAGAAACGGUCUGGAAAUACCAGAAGUUUUUUUAGGGUUUUCUCAUUGAGCAUUAGAAUUACUUACCUAUUUUUUAAGUUGUUUGGCACUGUUCUGACAAUCUUAUUUUGAAAUCAUUCAGUUGAAAGCGUUAUUAUAUCAAGUUAACUUGAUGUUUCCUAUAAAAAUCCAUUAUUUACAAUUGUUGGUAUUUACUUCAAUUUUAAGUCUGUUUUUUUUUCAUCGUAUAAUCAAAUCAUUACAUAUCAGUUAUAAUAAUUGUUAAUU